AUGAUGCUCUCUCGAAGCCAGCCCCUUACGUGUAUUGUCGCAUCCAACUCUAUCGCCGGCGCCCAGGACUCGUGCAGCCUCCUUACGAGCGUCAUGGACGCGAGCGUUCUUUGGCGUGUCGAGCGUCUCCAGUUGGAGCACGCUUUCGCGGUUCCUGAUUUCGAGGUCACCGAUAACGUCCUGCCUGAUGUGUAUCCCCUCGCCACCCAGGUUCUGACUGGGGAAGAGGAAGCAGCGAACAUCACGGAGCUGUUUUUUUCGGUCAGGCUGGACCUCAUUUAUGCUUCCGGUCGACCCAUGCCGAAGCUACGCAGCUUACAUCUUGAGAAUGUUCGCCGACCACCCAAUCUCAUGACAUGGGCACGGACACUCAACGUGUUGGUCAUGGUAUGCGUGAUUGGUAUUGACGGCUCGGCGUUUCUUGACGCUCUUAUGGCGAUGGACUUUCUCACUGUCCUGGAGAUCGACUCUGUCGCAUUUCGCGCGGAAGACCUCGGCGACCGAGUAGAAGAAGAUUCUGUGCGCCUUUUGCGGUUGGAGCGUCUCACUCUACACUUGGAGGUGGAUGACAUGGCAGCAUUACUCUGUAUGCUCGAUACGCCAAGACUCCGGUACAUGUUCCUGACCGAACAUCGUGGCAUUCGGCCUUUUGAAAUGCCUCCCGGGGACAAUCCUCCGGGAUUGACACGCGGACCCGAAGAAAUCGUCAAUGCUACUAUAGCCAUCCUCAGGCGCACUUGCUGCACGCGCAUAGAUCUGGGUCCGGACUUGCGGUUCCAACGAGACAUAGCACACUCAAGCUCCCAUGAUCUCGUACCGGAGUCAUUCGUGCGCAUUGCGUCCCAUGACAGUCGGCGUGCCAGAUUCGCUGCAUUCAUGCGAGGCAUAUCAUUGGCGCUGCUCUACGAACCUGGUCUAUUGACAUCCGUCCAUUCACUACACUUGAACGCUUCGUCCCCCUUCACCAUGUCGAGCGUAGAAUGGUCCGAUGUUUUGAACGAACUCGAAGGGGUCCGCUCUCUAGAGAUCGUCGGUCGUUCAGCAAACAUGUGUGAUAUACUGCUAGCUUUGCGAUCGACGAACGAGUAUGGAGCAGUGCUCCCGUCGAUGCGCCGGAUCACGCUCGUUCCUGUAGACCUCAGCGUCGCAGUCGCCGACGCAAUCGUGGAACUAGUGCGCUCGCGAAGCACAGAGUCAUCUAGUGCGGAAGCGUUGAGCGAGUGCAUCGUCUUCAAGGAUUGGUUCCUGCUCAACGUCGCGGACGAGCGCGAAGAAGCAUACCGCAUUCUUGCCGAGUUGGACACCGCUGUACCUAUCACUUUCCGUGCGCGCGAGCGAAGUGUGGUACUCGCGCUUGAGGAAGUAGAGGCGGUGCAGGACGGGGAUGGCUCAUUUCACGAUACCUUUGACGUCUUAGCAGGACACGGGGCGUCUUCGGCGGCGGCACUUUAG